ACCCAUCUCCUCCGUCGACCGACCAUGCCGGCCUUCGCCGAGCCAGCCAUUGAUCCGCCUCUGGCGGACAGCUACCGCGCGCUGCUGCGCACCGACCAGCUCCGCCGCGGCGGCAUUGCGCCCGCGCUGUCGCCGGCGGUGCCGGAGAGCGUGGCCGUGCUGGAGCGCGACCUGCCGAUGAUCGACUUGAAGCGCCUGACGAGCGGCGACGCGGGGGAGAGGAAGGCGUGCGCGGACGCCAUGGCGCGCGCGGCGUCGGAGUGGGGCUUCUUCCAGGUGAUCAACCACGGCGUGGGGCGGAAGCUCCUGGAGGAGAUGCGGCGCGAGCAGGCGCGGCUGUUCCGCCUGCCGUUCGACACCAAGGAGAAGGCCGGGCUCCUCAACGGCUCGUACCGGUGGGGCAACCCGACGGCUACGUCGCUCCGGCACCUCUCGUGGUCGGAGGCCUUCCACGUUCCGCUCGCCAGCAUCUCCCGGGAGGACUGCGACUACGGAAAGCUCAGCUCCUUGAGGGCCGUGAUGCAGGAGGUGGCGGACGCGAUGUCGCGCGUGGCGGACACGGUGGCGGCGGCGCUGGCGGAGGACCUCGGGCACGAUGCGUGGGGCGGUGAGCCGGCGUUCCCGGCGGGGUGCGACGGGACGACGUGCUUCCUGCGGCUCAACAGGUACCCGGCAUGCCCGUUCGCGCCGGACACGUUCGGGCUGGUGCCGCACACGGACAGCGACUUCCUCACCAUCCUCUGCCAGGACCAGGUCGGGGGCCUGCAGCUCAUGAAGGACUCCCGCUGGGUCGCCGUGAAACCCCGCCCCGACGCGCUCAUCGUCAACAUCGGCGAUCUGUUUCAGGCGUGGAGCAACAACAGGUACAAGAGCGUGGAGCACAAAGUGGUGGCCAACGCCAAGGCGGAGCGCCUCUCCGUCGCCUACUUCCUGUGCCCGUCGUACGACUCGCCGGUCGGCACAUGCGGCGAGCCGUCGCCGUACAGGCCGUUUACCUUCGGGGAGUACCGGAGGAAGGUGCAGGACGAUGUCAAGAGAACCGGCAAAAAAAUUGGGCUCCCCAACUUUCUCAAACAGUCUCUCGUUGACUCCAUGAAUCACAGCCUCUGUACUUAACACGUACAGUAGUACUGUUGAAAUACUCAAAUCUCACCGUAGAAGCGUCGUGCGCCCGCAGUAUGGAAUCGGAGAUAAUCCCCCCCCCCCCCCCCCCCCCCCCCCCCCCCCUUUUUUUUUUGUAAUUCUUUCUGUUUCUAUUCUAGUUUUCUUUCGGCCCUAUUGGGCCUAGGUGAUAGGUACUAUACCACGCGAUAAUGAUGGAGGAAUCAAUGGAAUAUAUAACAUGAUGCUAUGGUGAUACGUCUGCCCAUCUGGCUCCCGUUUGUU